AUGGUUUCAUCUGGACUUGCUGCAUUGGGAUAUCAAUACAUCAACUUAGAUGAUGCGUGGGCUGAACGUCAGAGGGACUCUGCGGGAAACUUGGUUGCUAAUGCAACAACAUUUCCUGCUGGAAUCAAAGGGUUGGCGGAUUAUGUUCAUGCCAAAGGCCUCAAGCUGGGAAUCUACUCUGAUGCAGGGAAUCUGACAUGCAGCAAGCUACAACCAGGAUCAUUGGGCUAUGAGGAACAAGAUGCCAAAACAUUUGCCUCAUGGGUAUCCAUUAUCGAAAUCGAUUUUCUGAAAUAUGAUAAUUGCCAUACUGAUGGCACAAGCCCUCAAGUGAGGUAUCCGAUAAUGAGUAAAGCAUUGUUGAAGACAGGAAGACCCAUCUUCUUUUCCCUCUGUGAAUGGGGAGUUGAAGACCCUGCAACUUGGGGUCCCGGUGUUGGUAAUAGCUGGAGAACAACUGGGGAUAUUGCUGAUAACUGGGAGAGAAUGACAAAACGUGCAGAUAAAAACGAUAAAUGGGCAUCUUAUGCUGGACCUGGAGGAUGGAACGAUCCUGACAUGCUUGAAGUUGGGAAUGGCGGCAUGACGAAUGAGGAGUACAGGUCACAUUUCAGCAUCUGGGCAUUAGCCAAGGCUCCUCUCAUACUCGGGUGCGACAUUCGAUCGAUGGACCUCGACACCCACCAAAUUUUGAGCAACAGUGAAGUGAUUGCAGUGAACCAAGACAAACUUGGAGUGCAGGGGAAGAAGGUUAAGAAAGAUGGAGACUUGGAGGUGUGGGCUGGUCCUCUCAGCCAAAAGAGAGUGGCAGUAGUGCUUUGGAACAGGGGUUCUUCCCCAGCUAAAGUCGCUGCUAACUUCUCUGAUAUUGGCGUCCCUCCCUUCGCCCUUGUGGAUGUCAGAGAUUUAUGGGCGCACACCACCGAAGCAAAGGUGAAGGAACAAAUCUCGGCGGACUUGGAUCCCCAUGCCUGCAAAAUGUAUAUCAUCAUUCAAAAGUAA